GUUAUUUCGUUUUUUCGUUUCAUUCCAAAUACGGAAUACGGAAAUCACGUGGUUUUUUCGUUUCCCGUUUGAAAACCAAAAACGGAAAAACGGAAUACCACCCCCGUAUUUCGUUUCUGCUGUCUGAAACCAAAAACGACAGAACGGAAGUGCUUAAAAUGAAGUCAAAAUAAAAGCCAGUGAUACAUAUUCGUAUUGACCUUAGAAGAAUAUUAAUUAAUCAAUAUAAAGAAUAAAUAAUUAAACCGGGAUAUUUUAACGAUGCAAACACAUAGCAGGGUAACGUUAGAAGAAUAUAAUUUAGUCAAUAUAAAGAAUAAAUAAUUAAACCUGGAUAUGUUAGCAACAGUGGUGACGACGGGAAGUUUAAUAUUCAUGUACACAGCAAGAAUCACCUUCUCACUUAAUGUGUGUGUGUGUGUGUGUGUUUUGAAACAUAUGGUUGGAGGGAGCAAGAAAGACUGUCCCACAUUUACAAAGAAACAAAUGGUGCAACAUAACAGGAGGGUUAAAUGUAGUUGACACUACAAAGGGUUGCAUUUUGGGUAACUGAGUUUAUUCUGUGUUUAUCUCCCGCAGUAGACGUGUUUAGGUUCGCCACUGCUAUAUACACCCUUUUGCACUGAAGCACGCAAGAUGGACUCCAGCCUGUUACCUUACUUAGAUAUUGUACAACAAAUGAUGCAUAGUGGCUGUAGUGAUGUGGACAUAAAAAAACACUUGAUAUUUGAAUGUGGCUUGCGUAGAGGAACGUCCGUGGCCAAUAUUCGGAAGUUUUGUAAAGACCACGGGUUAAAAAGACAGCGAGUGACGGACCAACAACUUGAAGCUGCAGUCUCCAAUGCAAUAACACAGGGUGGUCCUACCUAUGGCAGGAAAAUGAUGACUGGGAGUCUUGCAGCUGCAGGUGUCUUUGCAUCAGAGGGUCGUGUUGGAGCUGUUUUGUGCAACAUUCACCCACCUUACCAUAAGGGAGCAAGGAACCUCAACCCUCUUCCUUACCAUGCAGCCUAUGUGGGUCACAAAAUCCACAUGGACCAAAAUGAGAAGAUUGUCAUGUUUGGCGUGACUCAUGUGCUGGCAAUAGAUGGCUUCUCCAGCAAAAUUGUUGGACAAGCUACUAUGCCUGUAAAGAACAACCUCACCAUCUACAAUGACGUUUACAGGAGUGCAGUAAUGGAAUAUGGGAUGUGGGACCAGGUCAGAGUGGAUCAUGGAAAGGACUUCUACCUCACUCUUUUCAUGCAGGAGAAGUUGGCCAGCCACCGCCACAACACUGAAAGGCCACCAUAUCUCCAAACACCAUCGACAAAGAAUCACAGAAUCGAGAGAAUCUGGCCAGAAAUCAACAACCGGGUUAACUACCCAUUGAAAGCUGCAUUGGUCCAACUGGUGGAUCAGGAGGAGCUGGACAUGGAGGACCAGAUGACUCGGUUCUGUGUGUCAUCUUUGACAUGCCAGUUGGCCCAGAUCGGUGUUAACCGAACUGUGCAAGCAUGGAAUGCACACAGGAUUCCUGGGAGGGGGAUCCCAAAUUACUUGGCCAGAGAUGGAUGCCCAAAUAAACUGUCGACAGACCUUUUGCCAAAUGCAUCUGUGGCUGCAGACUGGUACGACCAGGAAGUGGGCUCACUGACACGAGUGUCAGACUUUGGCACCAACCCAUUUCCAAGUUUACAGGACCAGGAAGCUGCAGUGAGGGAAUUUGCUCUGCAGUGCCCUGAUACGAGUGUACUGCUGGACAAUGCAGUGAAUAAUCUGCCACAACCGUUCAAACAUGGACUCAAAGGCCUCAUCGACAUCUCAAGGAGAAAUUGUCAACGCUGAUGUUUUUUUGUGUGUCUAAGUUGUUAUUGUCUGUGCUUUUUAAUUAAUUGGUUCAACUGACGGGAUGUUUUUUCUUUUCUUCAAAUGUUGG